AUGGAUUUGAAGCAAGUCUUGUUACCAAUAAUCAUCGAAAGCAGAAGAAGAUUUGGGGAUAAUUCAUUACUGCUUGUGCUUGAUUCUGUUAAAAUUGACAGUGGACGAAUGGAUCCAGAACCAAGUCGAAAAGUAUUGCUGGAAUCAGCUGCUGGAAUGAAUAAAUUUGAACUUCUUAAGGUUUUAUCUGGAAACAGUACAAUUCAAGGGUAUGCUGGGGAAAUACGUUACUGGCAGACAAAAUUAUGCCAGAACUUAGAUAAAAUUUUAAUUAAUAUGUUCAAAAUUGAUAAUUUGAAUAAAGUGCAGUCAAAGAUUUUGCAAGAUGUUUCGGUAUGGAAAAGAAAAGAUGACGAAGUAGUAAAGGGUGGAGAAUUCACGACAGUACUUUGUUUUAGUUUUAGUAACGACAAUGAAAACAUUGUUCCGGAUAGUGAGAUCUUGACCUUUCUGAAGUACUCUUUGCAAGUGCAUUUCGAAACCAGUUUACUAAUAUCAGUGAAAGAAGUCGAGCAAAUUGCACUACCGGCAGCGAUUUUUCGACAAUUAUGGGUUGCAAUUGCAGAAUCUAAAUUUAUCAAAAUAAGUGUAAAACUAUAUGAUUUUGAUGGAUUUGAAUGUGGUUAUGUUAAAGGGAUCAGUUUUUCGGAAAAUAUUAAAAGAUUUCCAGAAGAAGGAGCAAAUAAAGCUUACGAAAAGACUCGCGAAAAGUUAGGAAGGUACGACAAUAAUCUUCAUGAAUCUCAUGUCUAUGACAUGAAAAGAAUUAAACAAGAAAUUCAGAGUUCGACAAAAACUAAUAUCUCGGAUCAUUGCGCUUUUUAUGAUGAUACAGUGAUCUCAGAAUCUAUUGCAAGCGAGGCAAAUAGAUUAUCAAUAAUUAAUAAAAUUCGUAAGGCAGUAGAGGCCAUAGUUGAAGCGCCGUGCAACGACAAUCGAACAUCAUUUAUAUCACUUGGCUUUGAUUCGUUAAAAUUAGCAAGGUUGGAGUUUGUUUUGGAGAGCGAAUUUAGUGGAAAAUUUUCGAUACCUUACGGAAGCGCUCAUCGAUAUCCUAAUAUUAGUGCUUUGGCUGAUUAUAUUCUGAAAAGCUCUAUCCAAGGAAGUAGUAUUCCUGAAAGCAAGAAAACUACAAACUUUCAGCUUCUUACCGAAAAGUUGACGAAGAUCGUUAGAAGCGGCGCUGAAAUACCGCUAAGUGCAGCGCAAAAACGACUAAUUUUUCUUCAUCAGUUAGACAUCGAACGUGAAUUAAAUUUUGUCGAAAUUUUGAAAUUUAGUAUUAAAAGCUUAAAAAUUCAUCAAUUCCAAAGAGCAUUCAAUAAGGUGGUGGCAAGACAUACAGCAUUACGAACGAUUUAUACAUUAACAGGUCAAACAAUUUUAUCUCUUACCGAAGCUUAUUUCUGGAUUUCUGCAGAAUGUGAAUAUGUGUGGAAAUUGUUGAAACCAAUUGACCUAUUUGACUCGUUUAUUCCAAUGAGGAUAUUUGUCACUGAACAAGAAGAUAAUAAAGACAAUAAAAAAAUAAAGGAAAGCAUUUCUAAUGAAAUUUGUCAGGAAAAAGAUCAGCGGAUGCUGGGAAAGAAACAAACUAUGAACACAGAUAUCAAAAAUUCAAAUCUAAUUGUCAUCCAGAUACAUCACAUUAUGAUUGAUGGUUCUUCUAUCAAACUAUUAACAGAUGAACUGCGUAUAUUUUACUAUGAAGAAAAAUCUCUCAGAUCAAUACCUUAUCAAUAUGGACAUUUUGUUCUUAUGGAAGAUCAACAGAGACAAAAUCGAAAAUUAUAUAAAGCUUUCUGGAAACAUCUGCUAUUUGACGUUACUCUUCAAAAGUUGCCCGUAGAUGAAACUGGACUUCAAGCAGGGAAAUAUUCAGGUCGUUGCUUACAAUUUAAAAUAGAUUCUAAAAUCCAGAAAAGUUUGCAAAAUUUAGCUAUUUGGUGCUCCGUGACACAAUUUUCUGUCCUUCUUACCAAUUUUCAACUUCUGCAGUACAAAAGAUAUGGAUUUAAGGACUGUUGCAUCGGGAUAAUAACUGCUCAAAGAGAAACCUCUGAGCUAUGCACAAUUAUUGGUUGUUUAUUAAAUGUGGUACCACUGAUCAAUACCAUUAAUCCCAAUGAUCGAAUUCAUGAUUUCAUUACAAAAUCUUAUAAACAUUUGAACGAAAGCAUCCAAAAACAACUGCAAUUCGAUGAUUUGAUAGCAGCCUUGCGUUUAGAACGCGAUUUGCCAAAUUCGCCCCUUUUCCAGGUUUUGUUUAUUUCGGACGACAGCGGUGACAUUUCUUACAAUGAUGAUGCUAAUGAAUCAAACUUUGCACAAUAUGAUCAGGUCUGGCAUUUUCAGUAUUAUAAUGAAAGUAUGACAUUGAAAAUUGAAUAUAAUAGUAGCCGUUUCUAUAAAAAUACGAUAGAAACAAUGGUGCAGCAGUAUUUUAGACUUCUUCAUAAAAUGUCUCAAAAUUUGCAUAUGCUUAUUAAAAGCAUAAAAAUGGUAAGUUCUAUGGAAGAAUUUAUGGAUUAUAAGUUAAGGAUUGAAAAUCGAUGUGAUUUUCCGCAAAAAUGCACAGUUUUGAAUAUAAUUGAUGAGCAAAACAAAAUGAACUUCUACGGUAAUACAAUUAUUCAAAGAGGAGUGCCAUUCUCGAAUGUAUUCUUGCAACAGAAAAGUAAUCAAUUAUCAAGAUUUCUUACGCAACGUUGGUUACAGUUUCUGGGAGAAGAUAUGAGAAAUGAUAGUUUUGUGCUACUUAUUUUAGACCGAUCUGUUUUUCUUCUGCUUUCAAUUUUCUCUCUGUGGAAAUGUGGUAUAGGAGUAGCUCCUUUGAAUCUUGAGACUUCUUUGGAGCAAUUAAACGAAAUCCUUGCAAAAUUAUCAUAUCCAGCUAUCAUUUAUGAAUGCAAAGAAAAUAACGUCGCAAAUCAAUGUAUUUCCAAAAAUUUCUAUGGAACAAUGUUUCAGAAUUCAGAGAAGCAAAAUUCUGUUUUUGGACAUGAUAUUAACGAAAUAAUUACUAUGAUUUCUGGAUAUUCUGACCAAGAAUUAAGAAAAAAAUUGACUCAGCAUAAUCUGGCCUACAUGACUUUUACGUCAGGGAGUACCGGUACACCGAAAGGAAUCUGCACCGAAUUUUAUGGACUCAAUAACUUGGUACUAAACUACGCGGAGUUCUUGAGUAUCAAAUCAAGUAGCAUCAUUUACCAAGUAGUAAAUCCAUCGUUUGAUAUAUUUUUUGCAGACAUUUUGGAAGCUCAAACAAGUGGAGCAAGUCUAUACCUUGCAAGCCAACGAAUACCAGAUUUAGAAGAAAUGUCAAAGGUUACCCAUGCUUAUAUAAUGCCGGCAUAUUUGUCUGUUGUUGAACCAGAACAAUUCAAAAAACUGGAAAAUCUGGAAAAAAUUAAUUUCGGUGGUGAUUAUAUUCAAUAUAAAGUCUUACAAGAUGCUAUCCGAAUUGGUCUUCACUUCCACAAUCAAUAUGGCAUGACUGAGCACUCCAUUUACUCUACCUGCAAGUUAAUGAAAGUUUGUGAUAAGACUUCAUCUGUUGGUAAACCCCUUAAAAAUAUUUUCUUUUCCAUAUAUGAUGGUGAUAAAAAUUUAUGUGGACAACACAUUACUGGAAUCUGCUGCAGUUCGGGAGCAGGCAUUAGUCGUGGUUAUCAUGAUAACGAGAAUCUCAAUCAAAUAUCAUUUCUCAACAAUAAUGAUUUGACACGACUUGAAUUGCUAUUAAAUCAUGAUAAGCGUUAUUUCUACUCUGGUGAUCUGGCCCAAAUAAAAAGCAAUGUGGGACAAUUGCUUUUUCAUGGCCGCAGCGAUUUCCAAGUGAAAAUUCGGGGAAUGCAAGUUGAUAUUCCUACAAUUGAAGCCGUAUUGGGACAGAAUCACUUAGUCAAGGAAUGUAUUGUUUGUUUGCGAAGAAUAGAAGGAGAAGAAUUCCUUAUAGCUUAUAUCAUUUCUUGUAAUGAUAUCAUCACGGACGAAGAGAAAGGACAGCUGAUGAUAAAGAGUUUGAACGAGUAUAUGCUGGGAAAAUUAUCAGCUUUUAUGAUUCCUAGUCAUUAUGUUUUUGUCCAGCAAUUUCCUUUAAAUAUCAAUGGAAAAAUUAAUCGAAAACUACUACCCUUACCAGAAAAACUACUGAAUUCAAAAAUUCCUUUAAAAACUGACUGUAUUUUUGAACCAUGGGAAAAACAGGUGAUGGGAAUAUUUGCUGCAUUGCUGCCAGGAAAAGCUAUUCAAAUUGAUGAUUCGUUUUUUGAAGCAGGCGGCGAUUCGUUGAAAGCUUUAAUUGCAAUCCAAAAUAUCAAACGUGAAACUGGGAUGGAUCUUCAGCUUCGGGAUAUUUUCAAAUUAGCAUCUUUCAGAGCUAUUUUAGAGCGUUUAAAAGUGACACACUCAAUAGGCAAUCAUAAAGAAGUUGAAAAUUUAACAAUGCUGGAAUCAGCAAAAUUCAGACCCAAUGUACUGCAGAUUAAUGGUAGGUCUGGUAAAUUAACAGAUGACCAAUUAGUAAAUAACGUGAAGAUAUCCGACAACGUGGACAACAACAGGAGCUUAAACAAGAAGAUGUCUUCGAAAUACAACGGUGAUAAGAAGAGCAGAUUCUGGCUUAAUGGAAGUAUUCCAGUAAGUUUACAGCAGGAAAGGCUUUUGUUCCUUUAUAGCUUUGGGAAAGAAUAUCGUGAAAGUUACAAACUACAAUUUUUAAUAAUAUUCUACGGCUUUGUGGAUCUUAAAGUUUUGAAUACUGCACUAAAUUAUAUUAUGCGAAAACAUCGACUUCUGCGCACAAUAUUUCUUCAAAAGGUUGCAAAAGUAAUUCAGGAAGUAACAUCGUUGAGUGAAUGUUACAUUGAAGUUUGUAAAAAUGUGCUUGGAUAUGACAUCACAGGGUCGGAAAUAAGUUCAGAAUUGCCAAGUAUAUACGAUACGCCUUUGUUAGCAGUAACUGUUUCCGACAACUUGGAGCUAAUGCUAAUUCUCGACCAUUUAAUUGUUGAUGGCCGUUCAAUUGCUAUACUUACUAACGAUCUGGUAGAAUUUUACAACAUACUUAUCAAUGGAGGCAGUGUAUCUUUUGAUUUCACUGAGGGUACUAGUUAUGCUGAAUUCUGUUUGCAACAACGAAGAGAAUUGGAGAAAUUUCGAGUUGCAUUAAAAGGCGCCGAUUGUCUCACGUUGAUUGAUAGGGCAGUGGCAAAAGAUGAAGUAGAAGUGCAGGAGAAAUGGCUUCUGAAACUGCGGGAUUUCCCACCACUGUCACUUGAAGGUGAUUUGUCUAAUGAAGAAUUUGACAGAAGAAAUAAUGUAAUCAGGCUCAAAAUACCUUUAUAUUUGUCUGCAAUUAAGCAUUUUUGUGUGGCGGAACGAUGCACGCUAUUUGCUUACUUGCUUGGCGUAUUUUCCUUAACUGUACGUUCCCUAUGUGAUCAACAAAAACAUCGCUUCGCUGUCGUCACUUCUGCACUAAAUCGUACGUCCGACACGAUAAACUGUGUCGGAUUAUUUGUCAAUACGGUAAUAAUUCCAAUUGACACUGCUUUUGAUUGUGUCUCUGAAUUAAUUCACAGUCUUCAGCAAAAUAUCACCGAAGCUCUUCAAUUCCAGCAUAUUCCUUUCGACUACAUUAUACGGAAGCUGAACGGAACACGAAGCAGCUCAGGUACGGAAUCAUAUCAGGUCUCAUUUGUUGUCCAAAAUGCUUCUGCAACAAAACUACCAAGAAUUGACGGAGUUGAGACAAUUGUAGAAGAAAUCAACGCAAAAUAUGCAAAAUUCGAUCAAGCAUGGUACUGUACUGAAUUUGAGGACUAUAUUGAGGUGUCGGUAGAAUACAAAAUUGAAAAGUAUAGUGAUUUGGAGAUAAAAUAUGCUAUGGAACUAUUCGUUCAAAUAGCUUCUCAAUUGUUGUCCAAUCGAUCUAUGAAAGUGAAAGGCAUUUUAAAAUCUUGUGAAUUAAUCAGAGUUGAAAAACCACUGAUUGAGAAUAAUAAUUCGAAAAAUGUGAAUGCAACUGAAGGCACAAUCAAAAAAAGUUUGAUGCUAGAAGAAGUUUUGCUUGGUAUCUGGAAAGAAGUAUUAGAGUGUUCAGAAAUUUCUGUUUUUGACAAUUUCUUUGCUAUAGGUGGUCAUUCCUUAUUGAUUCCAAAUAUUUGCUAUAAAAUAGAGCAACAAGUCAACUACCAAUGUCCACCACAAGCAAUUUUUAAGUACCAAACGGUUAGAGAACUUGCGCAACACAUAAACAAUAAGCAGGAUUUGAAGAUCUUGACGACAUCAAAUGAAAAGUUAAAAAUCCGUGUAUGCCCACUUCAGGAAUCUCUAGCCAAAAUGUAUUACAAUGCAGCUACAGAAACAUCAAUUUCCAGUUUGCCAACCACUACCACUACUGCUACUACCAUUACAAGUGAUCUUAUCAAGGCCUACCAGACAGGUUUUUCAAUUGCACUGAAAUGUAUAAACUUUUCGAAAUUAAGGCAUUCUCUCAAUCUAAUACUAAUGCGUCAUUUUGCACUUCGUGCAACAUUCUAUUGUCAGAACAACGAUUUUUUUCAACAGAUUCACUCUGGUACUGAAAUUUACAUUACACCACGAAAGACGAAUAUUGAGGGAGCAUCACUGAUAGUACCGAAUCCUUUUCAUGCGAUACCGAUUCUCUGCUGGUUAAUUGAUGGUAUUAAGCAAGAGCUACCUGAUGAUAAUUAUUGUGAAUUUCAUUUUAAAAUAAGUCACAUCAUUUGCGAUGGAAAGUCAUUGUCUAUAAUAGCCAGAGAAUUAAGCAACAAUUAUUUCGAAGAUAGACAUAUCUCAGUGAAAGACGAUAGUUUCAUUCAGUUCAGUAAGCGGUUAAAGCAGCGAUUUCAGGAACGUUACACUGAAAUGCAAAAAUUCUGGUCGCAAAAUCUAAACAAUACGGAAGGCGCAAAUAUUCACUAUGAAAAAAUAACUGCUACUGUUUCAAGUAAUAAUAGAUGUAAAUUUUUUUAUAAAAAGUUCAAAAGUUUGAACAUCUUGAUCAAAAGAGUAGCUAAGAAAUGUUGUUGCUCUCCGUUUGUUGUACAGCUUGCAGCAUUCAGCAAGGUACUCUCGGGAAUAGCGACACAAGAUUCCAAGAUGAUUAUUUCGUGUCCGAUAGAUAUGCGUGAUUCUAGAGCUCAACAAUGCGUUGGAAUGUGCAUCAAUGUUUUGCCAGUAAUAAUCAAUUUCAGACUUAGGAACUAUCAGGAUUUAAUUCAGGAUAUUGCUAAGAGUUUUGCGAAUGCUUACAUAAAUGCUGAUAUUUCUAAUGAUGAAAUAGAAAAAUUAUGCGAAAAAUAUGGGGUUUCUAAUUUUGCUGAUAUUAUGAUUGUUAACAACUAUAAGCAAUACUCCAGCCAUUGUUAUCAAAUUUUAAAUGACAAUUCUGAAUUUACGAAAUGUACUUUAACAUUGUUUCUCACACAAUAUCAUGAAGAUAUUGAGGCAAAAAUUGAGUGUAAACAAGAUUUCUUUUAUGACGAAUCAAUGAAGAUAAUGCUCAAUCAGUGGGCGAAGACAAUUCGUAGAAUGGAAAAAGUCAUUGUAACAAACGAUGAAAUAGAAUCUAAAGAAAAGCGAAGAUAUCCGCACGAAAUUUUUUUUUCUAAAGAGCAUUUUAGCGUCAAAAACAUGGAUAUAAGAUCAAAAGAAAGAUUGGCGUCAAGUGGAUGUGACAAUGAUGAAAAUGUUCUUCAGAAAAGCGAUUAUCCAGCAUUCAGUUAUCAGCAUUUGCUUCGAGAAGCUUUCGUAGCCAAUCGUCAAUGGACAGCCAUGACGGUUCUAACUGAAAGUAAGGAAAGUAUCAAUUACCGCACUCUAACCGGAUUAAUCUACCGAACUGCAAAAAUUAUACGAGAAAAGGUAGCCCAAAUAACGGGCGGUAUAUUACGAUCUGAUACAGUGAUACCAGUUAUUGCUCAUAAUAGCAUUAAAACAUUGGCAACAUGUUUGGCAAUUACUAUGACUGGAGCUGCCUAUCUUCCCAUAGAUUCCACCGGUCCGGCUAAGCGAAUCUCAAAUAUUCUGGAGCAAAUCGGAGCAAAAUUCUAUGUUACUGUUGAUCAGCUAAUAAAUAACGAUGAUGAAUUUCAAAUUUCAUUUAAUUUUUCAUUUCAAAAUGCAUUGGAAAUCAACUUAAAUAAUAUGAGAUUUGACAAAGAACCACUGGAGCUUCCUCCACACCUGCAAAACACGCCGAAUGAUCUAGCUUACACCAUAUUUACAUCAGGAACUACCGGAAAGCCUAAAGGAGUAACAAUUGGUCAACAUGGUCUUCUCAACAUGGCUAUAGCAUGUACUCGAGAUUUCUGGAUGAAACCUGGUGACUGCGUCUACCAAUUUACAAACUUUGCAUUCGACAAUAGUGUUCUAGAAAUUACAAUGGCGUUAAUUAAUGGUAGUGCCUUGCUUCUCCGAGAAGAUUACUUCACACCACAUACAUUCCUGAAUGAAGUGAAACAUGGUAACAUUACCCAUGCAUUGUUGUUUCCUAGUUUGGUGAAUACUUUCAAAGAUGAAGAGAUUGGGGAAUUGAGACAUUUGCGGUAUUGGAUUGUUGGGGCGGAAAGUGCGAGCAAAAGAAUUUUGGAGUGUGCAUUAAAAUCAGGUGUCAAUGUAAUUCAGAACUACGGACCAACUGAAACGACAGCCUAUGCUUUGACUAAAAGGAUGAAACUACUAGACAGACCGAAUAAUAUCGGUCGUGGAAUAACAAAUGUUGUUGUCACGGUAAGAAAUUUCUGUGGUGAGAUUGUGCAAGAAAUGGGAGUAGGAGAAUUAUGCAUAAAGGGAGUCGGGAUCACUCGGGGUUAUGUUAUUUCAAGUGAUAGAAUACGAGAAAAUGCUGAGAAAGAAAUUGAAAGCAAAAAAUUUGGUGAAGUAGAUAGUUGUUGUUCAAUAUCGCCAGGAAAUAAUUUUGGUACCAAAGAUAUGGUCCGAAUGCAACCAAAUAAUGAGAUUCUUUUCCUAGGACGAUACGACAAGCAAGUAAAGAUUCGUGGAUACCGUGUUGAACUCGGUGAAAUUGAAGCCAUUCUUUGUCAGUAUCCGCAAGUUAAGUCUGCGAAGGUAAUUCUGAAAUUAAUAGGUCAACAGCGACAGCUUGCAGCUUUUGUUAUUUUAUCGGAUUUGUUCGAAAAUCGGUUCCAUCCCGCUGCCAUACGACAUUUCAUGCAGCAGCAUUUGCCGUAUUACAUGAUACCAAUUCAAUACCAUUUCCUACAGCAAUAUCCGCUUACCAAAAAUUCAAAAGUUGAUGUCGAAGCUUUGGCGAUGUUACAGAAUCCUGAGAAUGACCAAUGUUUGAGACAUGCAGAACCAGAAAAUAGUAUGGAAUCGACGUUGCUUGGAUUCUUCCGGAAAGUCCUCCAGAAUGAUAACAUUUCGGUAAAUGAUGACUUUUUCGCAGUGGGUGGAAAUUCAUUUUCGGCAACGAGGCUCACUGAAUUGAUCGAAGCUAAUGUUGCGCAUUGUAUCGGUAUAAGCAAUGUUUUUCGUCAUCGGACAGUGAGGAGAUUGUCACAGCACAUUCUCCAUUUUCAUAAAAAGCCAAGUAAUGAGAUUUAUGGGAUUCAGAAAUUUUCUGGGAUAAAUAAGAGCGAUUUCAAUCUUGGUAACAUUCCUUUAAGCUUUCAGCAGCAACAAUUUCAAUUUCUGAACGAAACAAAAGAACGGCAAUAUUAUGAACUCAUAUUUGUACAAAAAUUUGACGCAUCAUUGAGCCUUCAACAUUUGAAAUUGGCUUUUCUGCGUCUAAUUUUACGACAACCUUCGUUUCGAACAAUUUUUCCAGAGCGAAAUUUUGAUGUGCACCAAGAAAUACUUUCAGGGACAGAAGUUUACUUCUACAGUAGUGCGGUACAGAAUAGCUCUUUCCCGAAAGGACUAGUAUCUUAUGAUGAAAAUACUACUGCAAAAAAGAUAAAAAUACUUCAGGACGUGGAAGUAAACCUCAAAAGUGAACCACCGGUUUUGUGUGCAAUUGAAGUAACCAGCAGUACAUCUCAUACUGUUAUUCUCCGAAUAAAUCAUAUAAUUAGUGAUGCAUGGUCAACGAAUCUUCUGGAGAAUGAUUUAAGUGAUCUGUAUCAGAAAGUUCUGAAAAACAAGCAGUUCGAUAGUAAUUCAAAACUACCUCUUACAUAUGCUGAGUAUUCCAUCGAACAAUUUGAACAGAAACAUUUCUUAGAGGGACUAGCAGCUAACUAUGCUGAUAUGAUUCUGAAAUGGAUCAUAAAUGAUCCAAAUUACAAUAACAUUUUGGAGAAAUGGGAGAGAACUGAAGGUCAGAUGAAUCACUCUGAUUUAGUUAAUCAGAAUUUAGGUUCUCGAAUUACCAGUAACUUUGUUCAGUAUACGAAAUCAACAGAUUUCAGAAAUUAUUCCGAAACAGAAUUUACUUUCGAAGUGAAGAAGAUUGAAAAAAUUUGUGGAUAUUUUGAAACUACUCCUCUUGUAGCUUUUCUUAGUGCAUUUGCUUCAUCUUUACAUGAAUUAUCUGGCAUAGGUCAAUUAAUUAUAAAUGUAGCAGCUGCCAACCGCUCGUCCAAGACAAACGAUAUUAUAGGUAACUUCCUCAACUAUUUAUUCAUAAACAGUGCAAACAUCCCUUUAGAGAAGACUGAUAUCAUCAGUGCCACUUCGAGAAAUGUCACUACCACUUCGAGUAAGUCAACAAUGGAGUUAUCCGAUCUUUCCACUAUAUAUGCAAGUUAUGUAAAGAAAUAUGUAGAAAAUAUUGAUAGAGCAGUUAAUGAAAGCCGUCAAUUCGAGCAAGUACCGUUCAUUCCACUUUUAAAAUUACUUCGAAUUAAACUGAAAAAACUGAAAUCACCAAGUAUUGAAGUGCUGAACCGUCUUCACAAAACUAUAUUUUUUAAUUUUCGCUAUGGAUUGGAAGAAAAUCGUGAGUCAGUAUUAGGAAAAGGUGAAAUUCAGGCACCAAUGAAUUGUACUUACGAAAUUGAAGUGGAAAUCGAUCGUGCAAAAAGUUAUUAUUCUUGUAGAAUCAGAAUGAAAAAUCGAAGUAGUCUCAAGCAUACCUCGGCACUAUGUCGACGAAUGUUUUCUUUCUUACAACAGAUGUCAAUUAAUUCUAAUAUUCAAGAAACAACAAAAGACGAAAUAAUACCUAAAGAAAACUUUUAUCUACCAUCUACGAAUGAUCAUAUUGUUGAUUUAAAAUUAAGAAAAAUGUGGAGUGAAUGUUUGAAGAAACGUUGGAUUAAAGAUGAUGAUGAUUUCUUUCUGGAAGGCGGAACUUCGUUGCUUACUUUAAAAUUAAGACGUCUUAUUGAGUCAGAAUUAAAAAUCCAUAUUGAACUUGAUGAAAUAUUCAAAUAUAGCACUUUCAUACAGCUAAGCAAUUUAUUACAAAAGCGAUUUAUUAACAUAGUUCAUUCUCUUCCGGACAACACAAUCGGACUUAUGAAUCCUGAAUCUGGAAGAAACACUGAUUCAGCAGUACAAAUUGAUAAAAAAAUGUCUAAUAAACGUGGUACUUCAAAGGAAACAGAAAUUUUACAAACAUCUGGGAAUUUGACAACAGUUCGAUUGCUUUAUCAAAGCGAAUCAGAUAUUAAUGUUACUGGAAGUGCGGUAGUCGUUUUUUUCCAUGCGCUCGUUGGUGGCGUGACAUGGACAUAUGCACCGCUGAUAAAGCAACUGAUGAGAAGGCUACCAAGCUCCUUCAAAAUAAUCGGUGUUGAACACCCAAAUAGUUUUUCUCGAUCUUCAAAAGAUCCCAAAUUCCACCAAUCCAUUGAAAGUUUAUGUUCCAAAUAUAUACGAGAUUUGCAUGACUACUUAUGCAAAGUAAAAAUACGCUUAUUCAUCGGUGCAUCAUUUGGAGCAAUUCUGGCUUACCAGUGUGCACUACAGUUACAGCAAGAAGAAAUUCAUAUAGACGAUAUAAUAUCAAUUGAUGGAACUGCGCAAUGGCGCAAAAGCACAUCCGAGACAGAACUGGCGUCUUAUGAGGAGCAUCACCGGCAGAUCAACAAAAUUGUGAAGUAUCAUUGUGGUGGCACGAAAGUCGAUAGUGAACUACUGGAAGCAAUGACCGAAAAUGCUUGGGAGUUGCUGAAGAUGAUGCACAUUUACAUCCCAAAACGAAGUCUAGAAGUCCCUCAGCUUCACGUAACUCUUCUGAGAUCGCUUACUCAAAAAACUUCAGAAGCUGAAGAGGAUUACGGUUGGAUUAACCUUUGUUCUAGAACUAUCAUAGAUAUACCAUUUUCGCAUGAUACAAUGCUUCAUGACUGCAACACUGAUACAAUUGCUGAUAUUAUCUUACAGAUUAUACAGAAGUUAGACGAAAGACAACUUUUUCAUCGAAAUAUCACUAAUGUCUCUGUCGAUAAAACCUUACAAAUUAUCUAA